AUGAAGUUACUAAAGUUGCCAAGUAAACUGCACGAUGGCCAGCUAACUCAAUGUGAAGUUGACGACAAUAAAUUGUACAUUAUAGGCGGGAAAUAUCUGUCCAUAUGGGAUAGCCAGACCCUUUUGAACGCGGCAACAGGGAAGACAGAUGUCAAAGAAGUGAAGGAAUUGGAGAAAAUGAGCCUGGAUUUAUUAGAAUCCAAUCAAGAAGAUGGACGGUGGCUUGUUGUAUUAGAUAACCAGAGGUUAGUCUACGGUUCUGAUCAUCUUUUGGCAUGUUUGGAUUUGAAUAAAGAUUCCAAUUCAGAAUAUAAAUCUCGUGAAAUAGGUAUUUUCAAGGACAAUGAAGCCAUUACCGACUUGAAGUACGAUAAAGUGAACGGGUUGUUGUUUGUGAGCCUAAGUAAAGCCAAUUCUCUUCAAAUAAUGGACUCAAAGACGUGGGAAUUGAAAUCUUCGAUAGAAUUGAAAUCAAAACCUAUAUCCAUAAUUACAGACCCAUUGGGACAAUUGUUGACCGUGAUUUUACAAAAUCGUUCUGUACAAAUCUAUCAAUAUGAUUCGCAUGGCACUACUAAACUACAUCAAAGUAUCAAUCAAUUCGUUCAAACUAAUCCGUUACCAUAUAGAAUGACAAUGUCUCCGCAGGGUGACGUGAUCCCCAUGAUUAACUCGCUACAUAACAACGUUCCUACAGCUGUGCUUUUAGACAGGAUUCAAAAAUUUAAGAUAAAACUCUCUUUGGUUGGCUACGUUGCAGAUUGUAAGAUUUUAAAGUUUUCUCCAAGGAUUUAUUCAAAGACAAAAUCUCCAACAUCUAACGACACUCAGACAUUCAAUUUGCUAGCAUCAUCAGGAAAUGAAGACGGGAACGUUGUCGUUUGGAAUACUAACCGUAUUAAACCAUUAUUUGAUGCGUCUAAAGUUGUCAACUCAUACAUAACUGACCUUGAAUGGGACAACUCAGGCCUCGGGCUUUUCGCCAUAAGUCAGGACGGCCAAUUAGUAAUUUUCGCCUUUCAAGAAAACGAACUCGGGGAUGUCAUGCCAGUUGAAGCCGUAACAGAAGCUGCCAAAGAGAUUAAACUUUUAGAUCCAUUGCCUUUCAAACCAAAGGCCGAGGAACCGGAUACAAAACUGCCACCAAAUAAGACAGCACAGCAAACUACAACGAAUUCAAAAAAGCAACCUAAAGCUGCAGAAAUCACCACCAUAUCAAGUACGAAUAUGGAAUUUAUCCAACCAUCUUACAUGGUUCCAAAAGAUUUGAAACGAAAACCAGUUACCGAAGAUCCUUUACUGGCUCAAAAUAAACCCGCUAAUAAGAAGGCUAAAAAGGAGCUUGAUCAAAUCGAUUUCCUUGAUACAAACCUUUUCUUGCCUUCUGUUUCAUUCUCCAAAGUCCGCCUUGCUCAUCCGAAAAUAAGAGCAUCUUUUCAAUACUCGAGCCAAGGUAACUUCGUACUUGAUAUCAAGAACGGUUUAGGUAACGACCAGAAGCCAACCAGUAUUACUCUAACCAGAAAGGAUAAUGAAUCCAGCAAACAGUUAUUUCAAACAUUCUUACCAAAAUUUGUCACAUUAUGUAGCGCUGGAUCAUCCUUUUGGGCGUGGUCAACUGAUACAGGUAUGAUUUACGUGACGUCAAUAUCUGGGCAAAUGCUCUUCCCGCCCAUGCUCCUUGGUGUACCAGUAAGUUUUCUUGAAGGUUCCGGUGACUAUCUCUUAUGCAUAACAAGUAUUGGCCAGAUGUACUGCUGGAAUGUCAAUACUGGUAAAAUCGCAUUUCCGAUCAAUGACGUGUACUCUUUAUUGAACCCAAUGCUGCGCUACUCAGACGAUGUUUUGAGCAGGGCUGAAAACAUUACAAUGUGUGCAGUAACUUCACAAGGUAUUCCUAUUGUAACAUUGAGCAACGGGGAUGGGUACAUGUUCGAUAGUGCUAUGGAGGCAUGGAUGCUAAUAAAUGACUCUUGGUGGCCUUAUGGCUCCCAGUACUGGAAUUUCAUGUCAUCAGCUGGAGUAGACCUGACAAGCAAUGACGAUGAAAAGAAAGACAAAUACUGGAAUGCUGAAGCGGAUAUUUUAGCAAAAGAAGUCAAAAACAACAAAAAUAGCAUAAUUAAUUACCUCGAAACUAAAACAAAUGACGAGCUCACUAGAAAAGGACGCAUGAAACACCUUCAGAGAUUUGCAAAAGUUUUAUUGAUGAAAGAAGGCUUCGAAAAUCUUGAAGAAAUGAUAACGUUAGCUCAUUUGGAAAAUAAGAUUCUUGUUUCGUUCCGGCUAAAGGAAGUAGAGGAAGCAAUUAGGUUAUUAAAAAUAUACUGCAUCAGAAUAGCUGAAAUGGGUUAUACUGAUAGAUUCAGCCAAACACUAAGCUGGUUAUAUGAUCCAACCAAUACUAAGUUUUCUCCAUUGGACAUAGAUAGAAGGCGCAAUUUGAUCAAAGAUAUAAUAAUAUCUUGCGCCAACAUUAGGCAAGUCCAAAGAGUUACAACAUCGUACGCUAAUGAAUUAGGAGUCAUUAGUGACUCCCUAUAG